GGGGAUUACACCUGCACCUUCACGUAUUCAGCUCAGGGAGGAACGAACGAGCAAUGGCAGAUGAACAUUGGAGUCAGCGAAGACAACCUGCUCUUCUCCUGCUCUGUCUGGAGGCCCCAAGGGAAGUCUUACCUCUUCUUUACCCAGUUUAAAGCUGAAGUGAAAGGAGCCAAGAUAGAGCAUGCCAUGGCUUAUUCUCAAGCUGCAGUAGGUGGACAAAGCGACGUCCCCUUAAAAGAGGAAGAAUUUGCAAUCACCGAAACGACAGUGUCUCACAGGGAAGGCAAGUUCCGUUUUGAACUGUCCAAACUCAUGAUUGUAGCAAAAACGCCCCGUGACGAGCUGUGACUCGGAGGCCAGUGUUGGGCCGGGUGCUUUGGCCGGAAGAGCAUGGCAGAUAAAGAGGAUUAUUUGUUAACUGUGGGUUUUUUUGGUUGGCCAAACCUUUUAUGUUUUCCAUAUUGAAAUGUGCUAGGGUCCAACGCAAGUGGGGCUUGGAGGUGUUAAGACAGACGCAUUCUGUCUUGUGUCAGAGUAACAACCUGCUUUGCAGCUGGAAACCUCCUCCGGGACUCCUGAUCGGCAGCCAACCGUUCUGUCGCCCGCUUUCUGCUUGGUUGAUCUGCUGAAUAUGGUAAAGCUCCCCUCGAA